UUCCAGAAAGCUUUUGACAAAGUCCCGCAUAAAAGAUGAAUUCUCAAACUGAACGCAGUAGGGAUUUAAGGAAAUGCAUGCACAUGGAUUAGGGAGUGGUUAACAUGUAGAAAACAGAAAGCACUGAUUAGAGGAGAAACCUCAAAAUGGAGCGAGGUAACCAGUGGAGUACCACAGGGAUCAGUGUUAGGUCCUCUGCUAUUCCUAAUCUACAUUAAUGAUUUAGAUUCUGGUAUAGUAAGGAAACUUGUUAAAUUUGCAGAUGACACAAAAAUAGGAGUGGCAAACACUGUUGCAGCAGCAAAGGUCAUUCAAAAUGAUCUAGACAGCAUUCAGAAAUGGGCAGACACAUGGCAAAUGACAUUUAAUAGAGAAAAGUGUAAAGUAUUGCAUGCAGGUAAACAAAAUGUGCAUUAUAAAUAUCAUAUGGGAGAAAUUGAAAUUGAAGAAGGGAACUAUGAAAAAGACCUAGGAGUUUAUGUUGACUCAGCAAUGUCUUCAUCUAGACAAUGUGGGGAAGCUAUAAAAAAGGCUAACAAGAUGCUCGGAUAUAUUGUGAGAAGUGUUGAAUUUAAAUCAAGGGAAGUAAUGUUAAAAUUUUACAAUGCUUUAGUAAGACCUCACCUAGAAUAUUGUGUUCAGUUCUGGUCACCUCGUUACAAAAAGGAUAUUGCUGCUCUAGAAAGAGUGCAAAGAUGAGCAACCAGAAUUAUCCCAGGUUUAAAAGGCAUGUCGUAUGCAGACAGGCUAAAAGAAUUGAAUCUAUUCAGUCUUGAACAAAGAAGACUACGCGGCGAUCUGAUCCAAACAUUCAAAAUCCUAAAAGGUAUAGACAAUGUCGACCCAGGGGACUUUUUGACCUGAAAAAAAGAAACAAGAACCAGGGGUCACAAAUGGAGAUUAGAUAAAGGGGCAUUCAGAACAGAAAAUAGGAGGCACUUUUUUACACUGAGAAUUGUGAGGGUCUGGAACCAACUCCCCAGUAAUGUUGUUGAAGCUGACACCCUGGGAUCCUUCAAGAAGCUGCUUGAUGAGAUUCUGGGAUCAAUAAGCUACUAAAAACCAAACGACCAAGAUGGGCUGAAUGGCCUCCUCUCGUUUGUAAACUUUCUUAUGUUCUUAUGUUCUCCACCAGGUGUCACUGUGCGGGAGAGACCUUACCGGAUCCCAGAAAGUCGACAAAGUGGCGUUCGCAAAGAGGCAGUGCUGGAGUGAAGGGGUCUGGAAUUCUGGAUCAUCUGGAGAAUGUUGUACUCUCUUGAACUAGGGAAGAUGGGUUCCUGGUGGAAUGUUGGGGAAUGACUGUCCUGCUGUGGAAAAGGAUGUAUUUUAAAGGUUUUUACCAUUGUGAAAGGAUGGGACUGGGUCAAAGAGAAAGGGGACUGUAUUCCUAAGCAAUGUGUCCCUACACUGUUUCCUUGGGUCCCAGCCAGCUCUGAUCUUGCGGAUGCUGUCGUCCCAGCCUUGAACCCACCAUGCCCAUUGUCUCUGGAACCAAUGACCAGGACUUUAGCAACCUGAGCCUGAGCGACGACAGCAGCCUCAACCAGAAAAUCACCAGCACCCCGGAGACCCAAACCAUCAAGGGGGUCUACUACAAAAGAGCCCAGAGAAUAUACAACCAGGACCAGCUGUACACCGUCGACCAGAAGAACCAGAUCCUCAUCAACGUGGGGGGCAACAGAUACACCAUCCCCUGGAGCACCUUGGAUGAGUUCCCGCUUACAAGACUGGGGAGGUUGAAAUUCUGUAGCAGUUACGAUGAGAUCAUCCAAGUGUGUGACGACUACGACGAGAAAGCCAACGAGUUCUUCUUUGACCGGAGCCCCUCUGCUUUCAGGAUCAUUUUGAACUUCCUGGCAGCUGGGAAGCUGCGACUCCUGCGGGAGAUGUGUGCCUUGUCCUUCCAUGAGGAGAUGACCUACUGGGGCCUGGAAGUGACCAGCAUGGAACGCUGCUGCAAGAGGAAGCUCUACACAAGGCUGGAGGACGUGGCUGGGAUCCAGAGAAAGGAGGAGGCUUGCAGGUACAAGAAGAAGGAGCACGUCCUGGUGGAAUCCACCAGAUCUGGGAUUUAUAUGAACAAGCUGAGGAACAUGGUGGAGAACCCUCAGUCUGGUCUCCCAGGGAAGGUGUUUGCUUGCCUUUCCAUCUUUUUUGUGGCCACCACGGUUAUAAGCCUUUGCAUCAGCACCAUGCCGGACAUCAGAGAAGAGGAAGAGAGAGGCGAAUGUUCUCAGAAGUGCUUCUACAUGUUCAUCGUGGAGACGGUCUGUGUGGGCUGGUUCUCCCUGGAAUUUCUUCUCCGCUUCAUUCAGGCCAGGAGCAAGAUGGAUUUCAUCCAAGGGCCACUGAACAUCAUCGACGGCAUGGCCAUCCUGCCCUACUACAUCUCCCUGGUAGUGGGGGAUGAGCAGGAGACCAAGGACAGGCCAGGAGGAAAGGGCUACCUGGAGAAGGUGAGUCUGGUGCUGAGACUCCUUCGGGGGCUGAGGAUUUUGUAUGUCAUGAGGCUGGCCCGACACUCCCUGGGGCUGCAGACCCUGGGCCUAACCGUGAGGCGCAGCAUAAGGGAAUUCGGGCUGCUGCUGCUCUUCCUAUGUGUGGCCGUCACUCUCUACUCCCCCUUGGUGUUCCUGGCAGAGAGCGAGAUGACCAAGGGACAGGACUUCACCAGCAUCCCGGCUUCCUAUUGGUGGGCCAUCAUCUCCAUGACGACAGUUGGCUACGGGGACAUGGUGCCAAGGAGUAUUCCGGGCCAGGUGGUGGCCCUAAGCAGCAUUUUGAGUGGGAUUUUAAUCAUGGCGUUUCCUGCCACCUCUAUCUUCCACAUGUUCUCCAGAUCGUACAUGGACCUGAAGGUGGAACAGGAGAGGUUGUUGAAGGAGGAGAAACGCAAGGAUGAGAAUGAAAUGUUUAAUGAUGCAGAUAGUUUAGAGUCUGAGGAAUCAGAAUACCUGCUGGAAUACAACAAUAUUGGGAACAAAAACUGAAUUGGAACUUGCUUUGUAAGAGGUGCAAACAGACUUCCGCACACUCCCAAAGGACAGGGAACAGUUUGAAAAGCUGGCUCUGAACUGUGUUAGAAGGAUUUUGUUGUAUUGAGAAUUAAAUUACAAUAUGUAAAUUAGAGGAAUAUUAUCUGAAAUGUAUGAUAGUUUAUAAUGGUAUUCACAGACAAAAAUAAGCUCAACCAUUAAAUCCAGCUAAGAUGUAUUCAGAUAUAUAGUUUAUCACAAUCUGUUAAUAAAAGAAUAACCUUAACAUUUCCAGCUGAUUUAAAAACCUUAGGAGAUCAUAUGUGAAAUAUUCCACUGUGAUUUAAAAAUAUAAUAGCUGCUGAAAUGAACCAUUGAUUUUCCAUAGCAGUCUUUUAACUUUAAUCUGUUCUACACCUAUUGCUUUCUUGAGUCUUGUACCUUAGCCAGAAAUCUAAUAUUUCUGUCACUUGAUAAUUCAAUUGUUUGCAAUGAAUUCAAGGCAGUCAAGACACUAUAUAUGCAACACCCCCAAUAGAGAUAGUGCUAACCAUAGGGUGAAAGUAGCAGAGCUACCUGGAAUCGAGGUCCUGUGUUUGUCAGAGUAAAACUGCUUUCCAAAGAUUUUCCAUGUCCUCUUACCUGGUUUAUUCUGUAAUUUCUCUGUUCUCAGUAGCCAUAGGCCUAUAAUAAAAAUCAAGACCAACCAAAGGCAUAGCGCCAUCUAGAGCACAGCUCCACCGAUUGUUUCCUAAAACAUUUUUCAGUCCAAGGUUUCUGUAGACAUAGGUUAAGCUUGUCCAAGUUUUCUUUGUACUGGGCCACUGUGACCAUAUCUGCAUUUUCAGCAUUUUCCACAGAAUUUACAUGGAAUAUCAAGUAAAGUAACUGGCUAUUUUUUAUGUUGAGUGUUUGGAUUUUCACUGUCAGAAAACUACAUGGAAUUCCAACCACAUCUGUGCUUUUAUUCAGUUUCAAUCAAAAGAGACCAUGCGAUUGUAGGCUGCAAACAAAAGUUUCAUGCAGUAUUAGCAGGGAAGGAAAGGGUUAGUUAGUGCAACUAUAUUUUUAAGGCAAACCAAUAUUGUUUGGUAAACCUCCACAUUAAAACAAGUAUUAAUUUCCGCCAAACAUUUAAGAACAUAUUCAUAGAUCUCCGUGCAUACAGAAAAAUAAAAAAAAAUAUCUGGUGAUAUGUAUUCUCUGCAGAGGUAAAGUGGAAGAUGAGGUACCAGUAGAACAUCUUUGCUCAUGUCUGUGGGAUCUACUUUCUCUGUGUUGUUGAAUAGUUGCACACGGCUCUAAUGCAACUUAUAUAGUGGAUCACACCACAUAAACCUGUAAUUAUUGCACAACAGGGGAUUAUCAUUAUUUUUGUCUAUCUGUGUGACAAGUGCCCUGCUAUUGGUCAAAUAACGGAUCAUUUCCUUGGUAAUUUUUUGGUAAAACUAAAAUAAAGGUUGACCUGAACUUUUGAAAAAAAUCAUCUGAAUGUUACAGUGUUUAAAGUGCACUUUGAACGAUAGUACUCUUGAAAACCAAUGACCCCCUGCCGAAUCUACAUGCACAAAAGGGCAUUGGGCUGGAGAGACUUCAAUGAUAAGAAUAAAAAAUGAUCAAUAGAGCUCACUUACCAUGAAAGUAAUUGGUUUAGAUCAAACUGAACUAGAACAGAAUGUGCCUGGAAAACAACAACCCAUCCUAAAUGAUCUGACAUAACGCAGACAGUGUCACUGCAGUGACAAUGCAGUGUCGCCGCAAUGACAUCACAGACAGAGAGUGUCACUGCAGUGACAAAGCAGGCAGACAGUGUAGAUGCAAUGGCAACACAGACAGUGCCACUGCAGUGACAACGCAGUGUCGCUGCAAUGGCAACGCAGACAGACAGUGUCACUGCAGUGACAAAGCAGACAGUGUCGCUGCAAUGACAACACAGACAGAGAGUGUCGCUGCAGUGACA